GACACUGCCACUUCCUCAUCCUCCCCACAGGCUGUAGCUGAGACCCCGCCACCCAAGCCAACCAUUUAUGUCAACGACCCUCCUGAUUGGUACUUCAGUAUUUACAUCAGGAUCGAUCGUUCAGGAUCUUUCCACACAUAUCCUCAUCUUGGUGGACCAUUCAAGAGCUUGCAGGAAGUUGAAAAGGCUAUUGAGAGCUAUCUUCAUGACAAGCGGCAUAAAACACUGUGGAACGAGCAAGCUGGGGAUUCUGGCAUGGACAUGGUUAUAAAAAAAGGCUCUUUACUGGCCUGAUGGCAGAACAAGGAAAUGUUCAGAUAAGGAAGUAGUGGAUCAUACCCGUGAGCAAAUGAGUUUAAUGCUUCAAGCUUUACUGGACAAGUAUAAUGAGGAUCACAAUCUUGUUGGGGAUCUUGCGUACGAAUUCAAGGAUUUUUUGCACUAUCAAUCAAUUUGUGAAGACUAUAAGUGGUUCAAGCAUUUCAAUUUCACUACAAAGACUAAAGACGGAAUUGAGGAUCUUUUCUUUGCUGAAGUGAUAGAGGGAACUGAUGAUGAAUUAGUGGCCAACUGUUUCUGCAAGAUUGAAUCCAAUGAAAAUGGCCACUGCUAUGGUUGCAUAAAUCAUGGAUUUAUUGAUAUGAAGCACCCCAACAAGGCUGAUGCAUACGCUGGUGGUCACUUGAACGUAUAUUUGCCAUUUGGUGGGUGUAGAAGACGUCCUAACACGUGGACAGGCUCUAAGGAAGAUGUGGCAGCUGAGGAAGCUAGGCUGAGAUACAUCUACUGUAUACGAUGAUUAGAAGUUAUUUAUCAUAUUUUUAUCGUGCUAGUUGUUGGAGUUGUGGUGGAAGUAAGCAACCAUUUUUAUUGUUUGUGGUGUGUAUUAUCGUGUUAGUUGUUGGAGUUGUGUUAUGUUUACUUGGCACAGCUCAGUGCUCCUUGUUGCUACCCUCACUCUUGUAGAAGUUAUUUAUCAAGUACUCCCUCUGUCCCAAAAUAAGUGUCUCAACUUUGUACUAGCUCUAGUACAAAUUUGUACUAAUAAGCUCAAGACACUUAUUUUAGGACGGAGGGAGUAUGAAUUAUGGCAUCUGGUUAUUAUCCUUU